CUAUAAAUAGGGUAAACGGAGGUGGCAAUAGAUCAUCCAGUCUUUCGAAUACCAUUGCCCCAAAAUGAAGCUCCACUGGCUGCUCUUUGCAGUCGUACUGAUCUGUGCCACCAGCACCGAAGUGAGUAGCACCAGCAGCACCGAAGCGGGUAGCACCAGCAGCACCGAAGCGGGUAGCACCACCAGCACCGAAGCCACCACCGCCUCAUCCUCCUCCCCGCAAACCACCUCCUCAUCCUCCUCCCCUCAAACCACCGAAGCCAGCAGCAGCAGUAGCAAUUCGGGAACCAGUUCCAGCGGCUCGUCCUCCAGCUCCGCUAAGAAGAAGAAGAAGGCUGCCGCCAGGAGGAGGCGUGCCGCGCGCAGGAGGCGUGCCGCACGCAGGAGACGUGCUGCUGCCGCCCGCAGGAGACGUACAGCUAACGCACGCAGGCGCCCUCAGCGCAGGAGCCCCCAGCGCAGGAGCCCCCAGCGCAGGCGCAACAGGGGUUAGACUGGUGGCCGAAUGUUGGGGGGAUUGGGGGGAUAAUCCUCUCCAAUCCACUCCGGCCUAGACCGGACUUUCAAAACUUUUUUUUUUAGUUUCCAAAACUCUCUGUUGAUCCACGGAUUGGCAAUUUAAUAAAUUCCCGGCUAUAGUAAUUGCAUGACAAAUA